AUGUCUCCCCCAGAGCAACAAGAGGGCUUGCCUCAAGCAGCUCACGAAGAGAGCAGACCGGUUUCCGCCAAGGUCAAUGGCAGUGGCACCGACAGCGACUCGAGCGACCCCGUCGACCUCUCCGCUGAACUGGCCGAGAAGCCCAGUGAGCGCGCCGAUGGAAAGCGCGAGCUGAAGGAACAGGACUGCUACGAGAUCCUCGGCUACUCAUGGCCGCGAUGGAAGAAAUGGACCUACCUCUCGGCGGUCGCCUUUGUUCAGGUGUCCAUGAACUUCAACACCUCGGUCUUCCCGAAUGCCAUUAAACCAUUGUCCAAGGCCUUCAACAUUAGCAAUCAACAUGCCCGAACGGGUCAGAUGGCCUACUUGGUCACUUACUCCAUUGGUUGUGAACUGUGGGCGCCGUGGAGUGAGGAGUUUGGUCGCUGGCCUAUCCUCCAGCUCUCCAUGUUCCUGAUCAACAUCUGGCAAAUUCCUGCGGGACUCGCUCCCAACUGGGGAACUGUUGUCGUUGCCCGUGCAUUGGGUGGUCUUUCGACUGCUGGUGGUAGUGUUACUCUCGGUUUGAUUGCCGAUCUCUACGAACCCGAAACUCAACAAUUCCCUCUCGCCUUUAUUGUUUUGUCUUCUUGUAUUGGUACCAGUAUCGGUGGUGUGAUUGGUGGACCCAUCGAGCGAUUCCUGGAUUGGCAAUGGUUCUUCUGGAUCCAGCUCAUCUUCGGUGGUGUCACCCAGGCCAUUAUCUUCUUUAUGCCCGAGAGUCGCUCGACGAUCAUCAUGGACAAGGAGGCCAAGCGUCGCCGUAAGACAGGCGAAGACCCCAACAUUUAUGGCCCAAACGAGCUCAAGACUCCACGGGUUUCUUUGAAGGAAGCUGGCAAGAUUUGGGCGCGACCCUUCUACAUGCUGUUCAGGGAGCCGAUUGUGCUCUGCCUGUCUCUCCUGUCCGGUUUCUCUGAUGCCCUGAUUUUCACCUUCUUGGAAAGUUUCGCCAUUGUGUACGAGAAGGGCUGGGGCUUCGGAAUCCUUGCUCAGGCCUGGGCUGUCAUUCCCAUCAACGCCGCCUACUUCAUCGGUUACUUCAGUUACUUCCCGUGGUUCAUGCGUGAUCAAAAACUACGCCUGAGACAUGGAGACGCGGCGAUUCCACCCGAGCGUCGUCUCAAGUGGCUUUUGUUCCUGGCUCCCCUCGAGCCCAUCGGUCUGAUCGGCUUUGCCUGGACGUCGCUGGGCCAAGAGUACAAUGUGCACUGGAUUGGAUCCAUGAUCUUCUCCGCCUGUGUGGGAAUUGCCAACUUCGCCAUCUACCUAUCCUCAGUCGAUUACAUGGUCGCCUCUUACGGAGUCUACUCCGCGUCUGCGACCGGUGGUAACGCCUUUGCUCGUGAUCUGUUGGCCGGUAUCUCCGCCAUGUACGCGACACCCAUGUACUCGAACAUUGGCAACAAAUUCCAGGUGGAGUACGCCAGUACCAUUCUUGCCUGUCUCUCGUGUCUCGUCGUCCUUCCAAUCUACGUCUUUUACUGGAAGGGACCUGAGAUCCGCGCAAGGAGCAAGUUCGCUUCCACGCUUGCCAGCGACCGCGCGCAGAACCAAGGACGUCGUGUCAGCAGGAUCAGUCACGAGCCGUGA